UUACGCGUAAUGAAAGUUAUGAAAGUUGUACAGAAUCUUAAAACCGGCAAAUAAAGUAAAAUACAGUGAAUAUAAUAAUGAAAUUAGUUUUUUCAAUUUUUCAAAUUUUGUUAUUAAUAUUAAUAUGUGAAGCUGCCAAUGACGACAUUGAUUUAAUCGAAGAAAAGGCCAAAGAUGGACAAUCAGAUGAAGUCAUUGACCCUAAUUCUCUCUAUUAUAACAAACAAACCAAGCAAUUGAACAAAGUAACGAAACUGAAGCUAAACAAAAAUAAUGAUAACAUGGAAGAUAUCGAUCUUCAUCAAAUGUGCAAUGAAGUAUUUAAUGACGUUUUCAAACAUCAAACGAACGAUAUAUUUGAAGAAUCUUUUUCUCGACGACUCAUCAAUAUAUUAUUAUCAUCGGUUGAUUUUCAGGAAAAUAAUAAUUUGUUAACAGGAAGUAUACUAAUUGAAUUAACGUCUUCAGAAUUACAACAAUUGAGAAAUUUUGGCCUUGGUAAAGCACGUAUCAGAGAUGUGGACCCUUUUAUUACAUCAAUAUUUAAAGCAUCUGAAAAGAAUUUAUUUUAUGAUAUUUCAUUGUUCUUGCGAGAUAUCGUUAUAUAUUUAGUAAUGCAUAAAGAAAUCGUUAUAAUAACAUGUAUUGUACUGUAUCUUACAUGGUUGCUCUUGACAGUAAAAUGGGAUAUUAUGAGGUUCUUUCAAGCAAGUCUUUUCAUAAUAUUCAUCACAAGUUUCGUUAUUGUAUAUUUUCAACUUCUUAAGAAUGCUGAAAUAAAAUUGACAACAAAACAAUUCUUGUUGACCGAAUUACCCGUUCACUGUCAACCUCAUUUGAUGUCAUGGUGGGAAAAAGUGUGGCAUAUGUAUGGUUCCUUCGAAGAUUGUCAAAGAUAUUUCGAAGCAAGGGAAGACAGUCAUUUUCUUCAUGUAACACCAGCAAUAGCAUUGUCUCACAUGAUCAGUACAUUUAUGCUUCAUCCAGCAGAAGCUUUUGGUGAUGCAAUUAGUAAAUUCGUUUAUCAGACCACAAAAAAUUUUUGGACUCCUCUUCAAAUUAUUUUCACUCCACUGAUGACUAUUGUAAUUAUCGUCCUUUCAGUGGUAGCUUUUAUUUGUAUAGCAGGAGGAUCGCUUCGAUGGUACAUGUGGCCAUUCACGCUAUUUUCUUUAGGAAGAUCUCGUAAUAACGAAGCCCAAAGCUUAAGUAGUAAGGAUGAAAGAAAAACGAUUGAAGUGAUUCUCAAUAUAAAAGCAUCUCCCAAUAUACAGUCAGAUCAAAUCGCUAUAGACGCCGCUCCUGAUAAUAACUCUAAUCAGAAUAUUUCGACGAACUCAGAACAGCAAGAAUUGGUUAAAAAUAAUACAGCCAGUGAAAAUUUGAGUAUAAGUACUAGUGAUCAGACAAGUGUCAAUUCAAAUAUAUCGGAAAAUUGUUUGCCAGAAAAUACGGGUAACAGUAAAAAUAGAAUCGAAGAAGUUGAAAUAUGUUCGUGAAGUGGUGAUAAUAAAGUGAGUUUUUAAAUAUUUUCUAUUAAAAGUGAUAUUAGACAUUGAGUUUUUAGUAUAAAGUCAUAUUUCACAAUAUCUGAUAAUAAUUGAAUUAUUUAUUAGUAUUUAAUACUUUUAUAAGAAAAAUAAUCAUUAGUCUAUUUAAAUCAUGAUAAAUUAUACGUCAUAUAACAUGAGCAACCAUGACUGAAUACUUGAUAAAUUAUUAGAUAGUAUUAAGUGCGAAAUUUGGAUUUGUUUUUAAUCAUAUUUAUUAUUAUUGAAUGU